AUGGAAGCUACGUUCUGUGAGAUGGAAAGAGCUCCAUCAGAGGAAGGGCAGCAAGCCCAGCCACAGGAACAUGCCCCAAAUGCCCUCUCAUGCGGAAUUGAAGAGACAGUGUUGAUCCAUUCUUUUUGCGGAGGAAUGGAAACAGCUGCUGCACCUCCAUUCAAGCCUCUCGUUUCCUUUGAGGAAGUGGCCGUGUAUUUCACCGAGGCAGAGUGGGCCCUGCUGGAUCCACACCAAAGAGCUCUUUGUGAAGAAGUCAUGCUGGAGAACUAUGCGAGCGCGGCCUUUCUGGAAGCUCAAGUAGAGGAGACAGUUGGGGGAUUCCAAGGGUUCUCUUUGGAAAAAGCCAAGAAUGAAAACGCCAAAGGAAACGUCAAGGAUGGAGAUGGACCACAGAGGCAGGAGGAAAGCCGCACAGCCAAGAGGAGGGAUAAGCCUAUUCUGUCCGAAGGAGGAGGCUUCCGGGAGAAACCUUUUGAAUGCUCAGAGUGUGGAAAGAGAUUCAGUCAAAGUGGCAACCUUGAAACACAUAAAAGAAUCCACACAGGGGAGAAAUCUUUUGAAUGCUCAGACUGCGGAAAGAGAUUCAGUCGAAGUGGCACACUUCAAAAACAUCAAAUAAUCCACACAGGGGAGAAACCUUUUGAAUGCUCAGAGUGUGGAAAGAGAUUCAGUCAAAGUGGCAGCCUUGAAACACAUAAAAGAAUCCACACAGGGGAGAAAUCUUUUGAAUGCUCAGACUGCGGAAAGAGAUUCAGUCGAAGUGGCCAUCUUCAAAUACAUCAAAGAAUCCAUACAGGGGAGAAACCUUUUGAAUGCUCAGAUUGUGAAAAGAAAUUCAGUCAAAGUGGCAGUCUUCAAAAACAUCAAAGAAUCCACACAGGGGAGAAACCUUUUGAAUGCUCAGAGUGUGGAAAGAGAUUCAGUCGAAGUGGCACUCUUCAAACACAUCAAAGAAUCCACACAGGGGAGAAACCUUUUGAAUGCUCAGACUGCGGAAAGAGAUUCAAUAUCAGUAGCAAUCUUCAAAAACAUCAAAGAAUCCACACAGGGGAGAAACCGUUUAAAUGCUCAGAGUGUGGUAAGAGAUUCAAUGACAUUAGCAGUCUUCAAAAUCAUCAAAGAAUCCACACAGGGGAGAAACCUUUUAAAUGCUCAGAGUGUGGAAAGAGAUUCAGUCGAAGUGGCACCCUUCAAACACAUAAAAGAAUCCACACAGAGGAGAAACCUUUUGAAUGCUCAGAGUGUGGAAAGAGAUUCAAUGACAGUAGCAGCCUUCAAAAACAUCAAAGCAUCCACACAGGGGAGAAAUCUUUUGAAUGCUCAGACUGCAGAAAGAGAUUCAGUCAAAGUUGCACUCUUCAAACACAUCAAAGAAUCCACACAGGGGAGAAACCUUUUGAAUGCUCAGACUGCGGAAAGAGAUUCAAUAUCAGUAGCAAUCUUCAAACACAUCAAAGAAUCCACACAGGAGAGAAACCUUUUGAAUGCUCAGUUUGUGGAAAGAGAUUCAGUCAAAGUGGUCAUCUUCAAAAACAUCAAAGAAUCCACACAGGGGAGAAAUCCUUUAAAUGCUCAGAGUGUGGUAAGAGAUUCAAUGACAGUAGCAGUCUUCAAACACAUCAAAGAAUCCACACAGGGGAGAAACCUUUUAAAUGCUCAGAGUGUGGAAAGAGAUUCAGUCGAAGUGUUGCAAUCUUCAAAAACAUCAAAGAAUCCACACAGGGGAGAAACCCUUUGAAUGCUCAGAGUGUUGACUUUGCAGGAGGCUCAACAGUGACCUUUGGCAGCGUCCCCAAUCCGACCCGACGUAUCCCCAGCCGUGGCGGGAGCAUCGCCGGAGUGUGUUCCACAGAACAUCUACAGGACUCUGAUUACUCUGACGAGGAAGACUUGUAUGGGGACGGUUCCCACUGGGCCACUGGUCUUCGGGUCAGCCAAGCCCGUCGUACGGGUGGUCCUAGGGACGAAGUACACCUCUUGCGGAACCAAAACCGGGACUUGAACGACCGUAUAAACCGUCUCAAGGACCAAAUGGAACUUUUGUUCCGAGAAAAUGACCGCUUACAACAAGCACUGACGACUCCGGCCCAACCAAUUCCUGCGCAACCAGUUCUCCUGGCCCAGGGGUACCAGCUCAGCCACCUCCACCAGCUCUACCCGACCCCGGGGCUCCGGUGGUGCCAGCCCCGUUAG